CAUAAUCAUCUUAAUCGUAUUAAAAUAUACCCAACCCAAAUGCCAAUUGACUCAUCUCAUGUAUGUAUAUAAACAAAAUUAUGCUACAAACCAUACCUUAAACACCAAUACAAUACCACCAUGGAAGAUAACCCUAAGAAGUUUCACAUUGCUGUUUUUCCAUGGCUUGCUUUUGGUCACAUAAGUCCAUUCUUUGAGCUUUCUAAACUCAUAGCUGAAAAGGGUCACAAAAUAUCAUUCAUUUCCACACCUAGAAACAUCAAACGUCUCCCUAAGCUACCUCCAAAUUUACAACCUUUGGUAAAUUUUGUAGAACUCUCACUACCUCAUAUAGACCAACUACCUGAGCAUGCCGAAGCUACUAUGGACAUUCCAUCACACCUUGUUCCAUAUCUCAAGAAAGCUUUUGAUGGUCUUCAACAACCUUUGAUUGAAUUUUUGGAAAAAUCCAACCCUGAUUGUGUCAUAUAUGACUUUGCACCUUAUUGGUUAUCACCAAUAUUAUCGAAGUUUGGCAUCUUAAGCAUUUUCUUCUCAAUUUUUACUGCAUUUGGCAUGUGUUUUGGAGUGAAAGUCAUGGUUGGAAAGUCAAAUGAUGAGGACAAUAUUAUUUCUGCUGACUACUUAGAACAAAAUGAAUCUGGAGUUACAGAUGUGUUCAGGGUCAAAGAAACUCUUUUUGGUGCUGAUUUUAUUGCUGCAAGAAGUUGCAUGGAGAUUGAAGGUAAAUCUCUAGAAUCAAUUGAAAAUCUAUGCAAGAAAAAAGUGAUUCCAGUUGGAUUAUUGCCACCGUCGCUACAGAUCGGCGAAGAAAAAAAUGAUGAAAAUUGGGAUACAAUCCUUAAAUGGUUGGAUAAACAUGAAAAACGGUCAGUGGUUUAUGUUGCAUUUGGAAGUGAAGUAACAUUAAGUGAUGAAGAAUUCACUGAGAUAGCUAAAGGAUUAGAACUAUCUAGUUUUCCUUAUCUUUGGAUUCUGAAGAACCAAGUUAAAGAUGAUUGGCUUGUUGAGAAUCAAUCAAAUAAGAAAGGAUUGAUUUGGAGUAAUUGGGCACCACAGUUGAGAAUCUUAUCACAUGAGUCUAUUGGGGGAUUUUUGACUCAUUGUGGUUGGAGUUCAGUGAUAGAGAGUCUUCAAGUUGGAUGUCCACUUAUUAUGUUACCUUUCAAUAGUGAGCAAGAUUUAAAUGCUAUACCUUUGGAAGAAAAAAUGGUGGGGGUAAAGGUUCAAAGAAAUGAUGAGAAAUUCAAUAGGGAUUCAGUGGCUAAGGCAAUGAGAUCAGUGAUGUUGAAGGAUGAAGGAGAGAGUUAUAGAAGUAAAGCAGAAGAGAUGAGCAAGAUAGUUGGAGACAAGGAGCUGCACCAAAAAUAUAUAGAUGACUUUGUUGAUUAUGUGGAGCUACAUAUUCUUACCUCUAAGCAUUAGCACUAAUUAGGUCUUUAUUUCAUCUUGUGUUUUCAUAUUAUCUAUGGUUUAGAGUGAUUUAAUGCAAUAAUCUUCAAAGUCCAUUGGAAUUUCGAUGUUCAUUUGCUAUUUUAUUUUUGCUAUCAUCUAGGAUAGACUCAAAGUAUUAGCACAAAGGUUUUUUUUUUUUUUUUUUUUUUAAGGGUAUUAGCACAAAGGUUGUUUUGUUGUCAUUGAUGUAAUGUCAUCCUCGACAGAUUUUAUAGUAAUUUUUGUGUUGGUCUUUUUA